GACAAUGUUCUCCUUCCUUCCUUCCUUCCUUCCUUGCUUCAUAUCUCUACCGCUGCUACUGUUGUUGCUGUUUCUCCCACUACUCCAUCGUCGUUCCUUGCUUUCCUUCAUGGAUGGGGUUGGAGUUGUUCCGUUGUGGCUGCGUCCGGUUCGGGGCAAGAAUCCAGCUCUCCUGUGCCGUGCCAUUGCGUAUUCCUAUUGCCCCAACCCAGAAGCCACCCUUCUCCUUCUCAACACCUGUUCCUCCCCUUCAUAUCCCUUUCAUCCUCCUUCCAUUUCUUGGACCACGCUGCCGCAACAUGGAGCCUGUUUGGACUUGUUCUUCCUUACGCUCUUUCCUCCCCUUCUGCUUCCUCUCCUUCAUUCUUUAUCUUGAUUUCGGAGGGGGUGUGAUGGUUCAAGCAUUUGUUGGAACGUUUGGGGUUAAUUAUGGAAGGGUUGCUGAUAACAUUCCUACACCUGAAGGAGCUGUGACCCUUUUGAAAGCUGCAAAAAUAAGGAAUGUGAAGAUCUAUGAUGCUGAUCAUACUGUUCUUCAGGCAUUUAGUGGGUCUGGGAUUGAUGUUGUUGUCUGCAUUCCAAAUGAAAAUCUUAUAGAUUUUAGUGUGAAUGAAGAACGGCCCUUGGAAUGGAUUAAGGUAAAUGUUCAGCCCUUUUUGCCUGACACACAUAUCCGAGGAAUUGCCGUCGGUAAUGAAAUAUUAGAAGGAGCUGAUCAGAAUAUUGCCGAAGCACUCGUCGGGGCUUUCAAAAAUGUGUAUAGCUCUCUUGACCGGCUUCAAUUGGCAGAUAGCAUUGAGGUCUUAACACCACAUUCACAGGCAGUGUUUGCUAAUUCUUAUCCUCCAUCAUCCUGUGUUUUCAAAGAAACUGUUCUUCCAUUCAUGCUGCCACUCUUAGAAUUCUCUUCAAAGAUCGGCUCUCAUUUCUACAUAAACGUGUAUCCGUUCUUGGCGUAUAAAAAUGAUCCUGAGCAUAUUGACAUCAAGUAUGCUCUAUUUCAGUCGAACCCGGGAGUUUAUGAUGCAAAGACUGAUCUACACUAUGACAAUAUGUUGGAUGCUGAGAUAGAUGCUGUCUAUGCUGCUUUGGAAAGUGUUGGCUAUGACAAAAUGGAAGUUCGGGUAUCAGAGACAGGCUGGGCUUCUGAGGGGGAUGAAGGUGAAGCAGGUGCUAAUCCUCAUAAUGCUCGCACUUACAACUUUAAUCUGUAUAAGCGCCUUCUCAAGAAGAAGGGGACUCCCCUCAGACCGAAAAUUCCUGUGAGAGUCUUCUUAUUUGCAUUGUUCAAUGAGAAUUUGAAGCCUGGUCCAAGUUCUGAGAGACACUAUGGAUUGUUCAAGGCUGAUGGGAGUGUUGCAUAUAAUAUGGGAUUUACUGGUCUGAGAUCUUCAGACGGAUCAUCAUCUCUCCUGUCCCUUAAGGGUAUUGGAUCUCAAGGUUGGCUGGUACCGUACUCCUUUGUUCUUUCAGUUUGUGCGGCUACUCUUUUAAUGGUCUUGACAACUUAAUAAAAUCUAAAAUGUAAUCCUCUAUUCACUAAUGCCAUGCCAAUGUGAUCUUGUUUCAGAUCUUGCCAUUGCUAAUUUGUUUAUUCUUUGUAUUAUUCUCCUGAAAAUUAUCAAAUAUGUUGAUCAUUCUAAUGUGACUGGAAUCAUCAGAACUGUUGUUAUUUUCAUCUUGGUUCCACUUCUGGGUUGCUUUUAAAUAUCUGAUGUUGUAUAUUUGUUGCAAUGUUAAAAGUGGAGGUCCUUGCCACAACAGUUGCAUCACAGGUCAAUGUGUGUUUA